AUGACUAAUAGAACUAGCAAUGUGUGGAAGUUUUUCACUAAAGACAAUGAUAAAACUGCAACAUGUUCAAUAUGUCAAAAAAAGAUCAAAACAUCAGGCAACACAUCUAAUUUGAACGGCCAUUUAAAAAGCAAACACAAAAAUGCUUUGGCUAUUAUUGCUAAUAAUGAUAAUCUGAAUAAUCCUGAACCUGAGGCAUCGACUUCUAAGAUCCCUGAUGUACCUAGUACACCUAGUGCAAGUGAAAAAUCUAAGGACAAUAAUGUAUCAAAUGAAAUGUUUAUGGGCGCAUUUAAGCGGCAAAAAACAAUUGCUGAAUCGUUUGGUGUUAUGACAAGUUUCAAAGAAGGUGGAGUAAAAUCCGAUAAACUUAUUCAAGCAAUAAUGUAUAUGAUUUGUAAGGACAACCAGCCUAUAAGUAUUGUUGAGGAUGAAGGAUUCAAGUAG